UAUUCCAUCCAGAGGGUCGGGUGGGAGAAUAUAUUUGGCACCCUGACGAAAAUCCUACGAGUGGCAAGAAGCACUUGCAAACCGAACAAAGCAUCGAAUAAGAAAGGAACCGAAGGGGAAUGAAAUGGUAUAAAACGGACAGUUGGUUGCACCUCGAUUUCUCAGUCGUGUGAAAAAGCUCAUUCAAGUAGAGGCUGAUUUUUUGAGCAGAGGUGAAGAGUGGUUUUGUAGUUAUCAAUAAUUAAUCAAUCUAACAGGGUUAGUAUCGACGUGAAGAGAAUCUAAUAUAAAUCUAUUUGUGUAUAAUAAUUGUUAAAAAUGUCGAUUGCAAAGCCUUUGAAGAAGGCAGUAGCUGCUGUCAUUCUUGAUUUGGAUGGUACCCUUAUUCAUACAGAUGGCAUAUUGGGCGAUGUUUUAAAAGCUUUAUUGCUCAAGUACGGAAAACAAUGGGAUGGGAGAGAAGCUCAAAAAAUAGUGGGGAAGACACCUUUGGAAGAAGCUGCUAUAGUGGUGGGAGAUUAUGAGCUUCCUUGUUCAAUUGAUGAAUUUGUGACUCAAAUCACCCCAUUGCUCCACGAUCAGUUUUGCAACAUUAAAGCUCUUCCUGGUGCCAAUCGGUUAAUUAAACAUUUGAGUGGUCAUAAUGUGCCCCUGGCAUUGGCUUCAAACUCUCCAAGGGCAUACAUAGAAUCCAAAAUUUCUUAUCAACAUGGAUGGAAGGAAUCCUUUUCUGUCAUCAUCGCUGGUGAUGAAGUGAGAGCAGGAAAGCCAUCUCCUGAAAUAUUUUUGGAAGCUGCUAAAAGGCUAAAUAUUGAACCAUCCCGCUGCCUUGUCAUUGAGGAUUCUUUGCCAGGUGUUACUGGUGGUAAGGCUGCUGGCAUGGAAGUAGUUGCCGUACCAUCCAUUCCAAAACAAACUCAUCUUUAUAUUGCAGCAGAUGAAGUGAUCAGCUCUCUACUUGAUUUACAACCUGAAUUGUGGGGCCUCCCUCCAUUUGAUGAUUGGAUAGAUGGUACUUUGCCAUUAGAAAUUUGGCAUAUAGGUGGUCCUGUGGUUAAGGGACUUGGUCGUGGCUCAAAGGUUCUUGGAAUCCCUACCGCUAAUUUAUCUACCAAAGGUUACUCAGCACUUCUUUCGGAACAUCCAUCUGGUGUGUACUUUGGUUGGGCUGGAUUAUCAACACGAGGUGUUUACAAGAUGGUCAUGAGUAUUGGUUGGAACCCAUAUUUCAACAACACUGAAAAGACAAUAGAGCCUUGGUUGCUUCAUGAAUUUGAUGGGGAUUUCUAUGGCGAGGAACUGCGCCUUGUGAUAGUUGGCUAUAUUCGACCAGAGGCCAAUUUUACAACACUUGAGAGCUUGAUAGCAAAGAUUCACGAGGAUAGAAGAAUUGCAGAGAGAGCUCUAGAUACUCCAUUAUACCUGAAAUACAAGGAUGACCCAUAUUUGAAAGGCUCUUCCCUGUGAUCGUGGCAAGCAUCCAUAAACUCCAUGACCCUUGAAACUUUUCCAGAGCUUAUAUUGCAGACAGCAUUUGCCCAUUAUAGAAGACAUUGGUUUGUGACCAUAUUGUUUUCUCAUUUCAUGAAAUGUUAGGCCCGUCUCAUAAUCACCGUGGGUGUAAAACUGAAACGAUCCCCCCGAAAGCCCCCAAUUAUUGUUACUGAUGAUUUAUAUACCAGAAAAUUGUUGAUAAUAUACUAAAAUUAUAGUUGGGAAGCAUUUAUGCAACCUAAUGUUUGAGCCUUUAAUACCAUGAAUAAAAACCCUUCCUCCA